UCAGCCUCUGUGCACUUACUUGAACCAAGGUGGAAACCAAAUAAAUCGUGGCAGAAUGCGCACAGUGUUCACGGACAGCCAGACCAAACAACUGGAUCAGCUGUUCGAACAAACGAAUUACCCCGGCGUCGAGGGACGGGCUGAACUAGCCAGGAACAUGGGCCUCACGGAGGAAAGUGUUAGGGUAUGGUUCAAAAACCGUCGUGCGCGCCGAAAGAGGCAGAAGAGCGGCACCAAGGCCGAAUCCCCAGACCUGGCUACUUUGAAAAGAGACCAGCCAACAGUCUACGACAAGCGCAGCUUCCAGGGAAACAGCUUCUCAUGAUUCCUCUGAUGAUAACAAGAACAUAUGAUUUCUUUACACUAAUUUAUGUUCACUUGAGUUCAUACGCCUUUAGGCCCACUCACAACGCGUAAAUAUCCCCAGAUAGCAAUUCAUCGGUGGGCAUUUCAUGUAAAAACUAAAUGUAAUUGUU